AUGUUCCCAGUUGAGCAAGGGGAUCUUCACAAGCGCUGGAAGUUGGUUAAUAUGAAGUUGAGAAAUUUUCACAAGUGUGUUGUGCUUCCCAUUGGCAGCUUGUCUAGUGGGCUUUGUAGGCAUCGGACUAUUCUUUUUAAGAGAUUGGCAGAUUAUAUUGGAUUGCCCUGUCGCAUAGCUCGAGGUUGCAAGUAUUGUGUUGCAGAUCAUAGAUCUUCUUGCCUAGUCAAAAUUAAAGAUGACAAACAACUCUCAAGGGUGUUUCAGGAGACACCAAGCAAUUCGUUUAAUUUAAUGUUACCCACAAUGAAAUUUAAGGAUCCUUCCAUGACAAUUCUCAGAAAAUUGCUCAGGAAGGUAGAAAUCAUAAAAAGCUCUAGAUCUGGUGAACCAAAUUUUGAGUCUCAUCACGUGGAAGCAAAUGAUUUGCAGUCUGUGGUUGAUCAAUAUUUUCAAAUUAGGGACACUUCUAAGCCAGCACGUCAUAUAGAGACACAUUUUGGGGUCAAUAAAGAGCUUACUGCAUCCUUAACCAAAGCAUGGCUUGAGAAAAUGGGAAUCAAGUAUAUAUAGAUGCGGACAAACGUAAUAAAAUCAUUGAAUGUAGCUAUUAGAUCAUAACUACAUAUUUGUAUAUAUACCUUGUGUGGGUGAAAUGACAUAUUGUUAUUUAACUAUAAGUUUUUAUUUUCUAUUGUACUGUUAGCUAUUAAAACAUAUAUACA